AGAGAAAAUAUCAGUUGUUGUGCGCCUCUCCUUGAAGACCAGUGCCAGAAAGAUUCCAGCUUGAAGAUGACAGGAGACAGAAACGUGGCCGUGCUUAUGUUCCUUGCUGUGGCAAUGGUAGCUUUUGUUUCUGUCCAGGCUCAGCUUACCCCGGAAGAACAAAACAUAUCAAUUGCAUUUGAUGACAUGUGGAACUCACUGACACCCGAAGAGCAAGCCUACUAUGGGGACUGUGCGUUUCCUGUUAAACCCCUGCCUUGUUACUAUCUUGGCACUUGUUAUUGCCAUGCUCACGGUGAUAUCCGCUAUAUGACUUGCGAUAAAAGACAGUUCAGGUACAACACCAGCCCUGAUCAUAUCGGCUUUAUGGCAAUGCCUGCAUGUCCAAUGUGGUAUGUGUUGACAAAGCACGAAUACUUCAAUGGUCCCCCGAAGACCCGAUUGAAAGCUGUGAAAUUUGGCUGCUGGCAAAGUAGUGUUACCGUCUUUUUCAAGAGCACGUUCACAGGAACGUACACUUUGGAAGUAAUAGAUGGCCCUGGAACCCCCGUAAUCUUGACGACAACAAUUACAAAAGAGGAAUUCCUGUUUGAGGGGACAUAUUUUCGCAUCACGGUUGUGUGGCUAAAUGCCCACAUACCAGGGUAUUACCUGUCUAUUGAAUGCAAAUUCUUCAAGAUCACGCUCUACAUUGCCCGUCACUGUAUGGUGAUUAAAAUCCCCCCCAUUUGGUGUCACCGUAUUCUUGGCAUAUGUGGCGACUGGAACACAUUCCCACUUAACGACGAGACCAUCCUAGACAUUCCGACGAGCGAUGCUUCAGAUUGGGGACCCCUCGUAGAGGAGUCUUCUCCUUUGUGGCCGUAAGGUGGUAAAUGGACAAGACCCCAGACGCCUCCAACUACUCUGAACUACUUACCCUCGUAUCUUCCUUCCAUCUGGUUAAAAUGUCUUGAGACAGCUUCAUAAUUCUUUCUUUACUUUUUGGCACGCGUUUGUCCAAAAUAAAAAAAAUAACAAGCAUCACGGUUUAUACACUUUUGCAGUAUCUAGUGUGUGUAGCCGUUUUUGCAUAAGGUACUCGUCGAUAGUGCUCAAGAGCGUGUUUGCAAAUAUUAAUGGAAUGGCAGGCGUAAUGAUAUCGGCCACUGAUUUGAAAUCUAGGGCCAUUAUUACUUUAUUUGGAAGUGCACUGUGCAUGUAAGUAAAAGUUAACUUUUUCUCGAAAUAAGUAAUUUCGUAAUUAAGUAAAGUCGAGGAAGAGCAUAGAAUUCGCUUAUUAUUAGGAUAUGUUUGUAGCUUUAUCUGAGAAAUAUGCUCUGCAAUAUGGUGACUUUUUACAAAUAUGUUAUAGAUGAAAGAGAACAAGAUAUGUUUUUUUUAUAUGUGCAUGUACUUUACCAAAUUGGAACUAAUAGUUUUAUUUUGACUUUGUAUUUAUAAAGAAUUCCUUUAUGUUUAAAGAAAAGUAUCAGCUUAAGAAUUAUUAUAUAUAUACUUUUGGUUAUGUUUUCGUAGAUAUUUUCUAAGCUAUUUUAGUAAGAAGUUUUUGGUUGGUUAGUUUUUGGAAUUAAUUGCUCCAUAAUUAUAUGUAAUUUGUUAUCAUGCUAAGAUCAAUGUCCCCACACGCUGUAGUCACCACCCCCUCUGUUACCAAAUUGAAAAAAGAAAUAACCAUUUAAGUGCAGGGUAUGAAAAGAAAAUAACAAAAUAACGUGUGUAGUGCUAUCAUGAGAAUUGCAUGACAUAUUUAAGACACGUUGGAAGCAAGCCUUGUCAAAAUUAUUACAGACCUUUUUGAUAAUGAAGAAAGGGUCAGCUCAUGGACGUGUAUGUUACACUAAGGGUACUGUAUCCAGUCGAUGGUGGGAGCUAAAGGGGAGUGCAGGACGUCCCCUCAAACCUUGCACCCAAGUAUAUGGACACAGGACCAUUUGGGACUCAAAAUGAUGCCACUGAAACUGUUCAAAUAACUAGCAGAAACUGUCUCUUUUCGUUAUUUCGAAGUCUUGCAACUUGCAAACAUGCUUUGCUGCUAAAAGGGCUUUCCGCCAGCGAACUAAAAUGAACUUUACCUAAACGGAGGCAACCCUACAGCGGCUAAAGGACAAAAUGACCAAACGGAAAUCAACAAUGGACACUGAAUAUUGAAACUGGUGGUGCUCGCAAUCCUUUUGGUUCUGCAUUGACUUUUCUUAAAUGUUUAAACAUUGACAACCAUUAAAACAAUUUGUAUAACCCUGAGGAUAUAUAAUAUGGUUCUUUAUUAAGAGGUGCUCGUGUUUAUUAAUUUAGGUUUAAGUUAUAAACCCUUUGUUUUCUUUGAUUCAUUUCUACAGUUUAUUUCGACAGAGUGGUCAAAUUGUGGGAAAUUCUCAAUCCUAUUUAUGCAAUUGUACACCAUAAAUGUUACGACGAAAAAAUUAUAUACAGUUAAAACAAACCCAUUUGGGAAAUAUUCUAGAAACAAAGUCUGCAUUGUACUAUGACAUUUAUAGUGUACGUGGGAGCUUAUUAUUGGAAACAUAUUACAUGGUAUCAUAUAAUUUUGAUUUUUCAAAACAUUGGUUGUCGUUCAUAUCUACUGCGUUUCGCCGUGCUUGGGCUUAAGCAUAAUAAAAUCAUGUUAAACA